AUGCAAUUUUGGACAUGGGUUUCAAACCUUGUUCUGGUUUUUUCAUUUCUCAGUCAGUUCUCAGAAAGUGUAGCACAGACAUCUUCAACACCACAGGCUCCAAUCUGUUCAGAAGAAGACAGAGCUUCUCUUCUCAGCUUUAAAGGCAGCAUUGUGGAGGACACAACAGAGACACUGUCUUCAUGGACAAGCAGAGACUGCUGUGAUGGUGGCUGGGAAGGAGUUCAAUGCAAUCCAUCCACAGGGAGAGUUAACGUGUUGCAGAUACAGAGGCCAGAGAGAGACAGUGGCACUUAUAUGAAGGGCACUCUUUCCCCCUCACUGGGCAAUUUGCAUUUCUUGGAGGUAAUGGUGAUAAGUGGUAUGAAGCAUAUUACAGGACCAGUUCCUGCUAGCUUCUCAAAUUUGACCCGCCUCACCCAGCUAGUUUUGGAAGACAAUUCCCUUGGAGGCUACAUCCCUCCAAGUUUAGGUCGUUUGUCCUUGCUCCAGACCCUUUCACUCAGCGGGAACCAUCUGAAAGGACAGAUCCCUCCAACACUAGGGGCUCUGAGAAACCUUAACCAGAUUAACUUAGCGAGAAAUUUAUUGGCAGGUUCUAUCCCCCCUAGUUUUAAAGCUCUUCAAAGUUUGCAAUACCUUGAUCUCAGCUACAAUUUGUUAUCAGGGCCUAUUCCGGAUUGUGUUGGGGAGUUCAAAAAUUUGACCUACAUAGAUCUAUCCUAUAACCUUCUAACCGGAAAAAUUCCAAUUUCCCUGUUUGGCCUUGUCAAUCUUUUAGACCUGUCCUUGAGCUAUAACAAGCUCACAGGGAACAUCCCAGAUCAGAUUGGGAGUCUGAAAUCCCUAACAAGUCUUCAACUCAGUGGCAAUCUGCUCACAGGGCAUGUUCCACUGUCCAUAUCAAGAUUACAGAACCUUUGGUACCUUAAUGUAUCGAGGAAUGGGCUCUCGGAUCCCUUACCAGCAAUCCCUAGCAGAGGAAUCCCAGCCCUUUUGUCCAUAGACCUGUCUUAUAAUAAUCUCAGUCUUGGAAAUGUUCCUGAUUGGAUCAGAAGCAAGCAACUCAAAGAUGUCCACCUAGCCGGGUGCAAAUUGAAGGGAGAUCUUCCACACUUCGUAAGACCUGACUCUCUCAGCUCCAUAGACCUUUCAGAUAACUACCUGGUUGAUGGAAUUUCAAAUUUCUUCACAAAUAUGUCCAGCUUGCAAAAGGUCAAGCUCUCAAACAACCAGUUGAGGUUCGACAUUUCUGAAAUUAAGUUGCCAACAGAGCUGUCUUCAAUAGACUUGCAUGCAAAUCUAUUGGUGGGUUCAUUGUCAACAAUCAUAAAUAACGAGACAAGCAGCUCUUUGGAGGUUAUAGAUGUAUCAAACAAUUUCAUUUCAGGUCACGUUCCUGAUUUUGUGGAAGGCUCAAGCUACAAGGUGCUGAACUUGGGGAGCAACAAUAUAUCAGGUUCAAUUCCAGUCUCUAUCUCAAAUUUGGUAGAACUUGAGAGACUGGAUAUUUCAAGAAAUCACAUAGUGGGAACCAUCCCCUCAACUCUAGGUCAGUUGCAGAAACUACAAUGGCUUGACGUAUCCAUUAACGGACUAACAGGCCAAAUUCCAGGUAGUUUGUCACAGAUCACUGGCCUAAAGCAUGCAAGCUUCAGGGCAAACAGGCUAUGUGGAGAAAUACCACAAACUAGACCGUUCAAUAUCUUUCCGGCAGUUGCUUACGCCCACAAUUUGUGCUUAUGUGGCAAACCUUUACAGCCAUGCAAGAAACAAGUAUAGGUCAGUGAGACGCUGACUCUAUUAUUAAAUAUGCUCAU